GAACCGCUGCGCCGGGAGGUGGUCGCGAGCGAUGCGCGUGCUCUCGCUAUGGACGUGUGGAGCGCGGGUGCUGCGUGCGCGCGAGCGCCGGCCCCGUUGACACCGGCACCGACGUCGCCACACUUUGCGCUUGCUUUCUUUCCCGGCGCCGGCGCCGGUGCACACCCGCCUCCGCACCGGACACAAGUACAGGCUGCGGAGGGCGGAGGAGCGGCGGCGGGCGCGGGGGGAGCGGGUCGUGCCGCCGUGCCUUGCAGGGUGUGCGGCGACAAGGCGUCCGGCUACCACUACGGAGUAACGUCUUGCGAGGGCUGCAAGGGCUUCUUCCGGCGAAGCAUCCAGAAGCAAAUCGAGUACAGGUGCCUGCGCGACGGCAAGUGCCACGUCAUCCGCCUCAACCGCAACCGCUGCCAAUUCUGCCGUUUCAAAAAGUGUCUCGCCGUCGGCAUGAGCCGCGACUCGGUGCGGUACGGACGAGUGCCGAAGCGGUCACGCGAGGGCGAGACGAUGCCAGAGCCGGUGCGCACACACAACGAGGCGGGCGUAGGCGAAGUCGCGGCAGCAGGUGCGACCCCGGGCUCGGCAGCGCCCGCGGCAGAGUCUAUAGCCGCGAUGCCUGGUGGGGCCCGUUCUGAAACAACUCCUGAGCCCGGGGACGGGGACGGGGACGCGGACGCAGGGUUAGAGGCUGAGGCGGACGUGGAAGCAGAGGGCGGGGGAGAGGAGCCGGCGCAGGAGCUGGCGCGGGUCGUGCUGGCUGCGCACUGCAACAACAACACCUACACGGACGAGCUGCGCCGCUCUUUACACAACCAUUCCAUCAUUGUGCUCGACGACUCCGACAACGAAGCGAGUGGCGGCGAGGCAGCUUCGUUGUGGCAGAGGCUGGCGGCGCGCAUGACGCCGCAUGUACACGAGGUGGUCGGCUUCGCCAAGCGCCUACCGGGCUUCUACUCCUUACCUCAGGACGAUCAGCUUAUACUUAUAAAGAUGGGGUUCUUCGAGGUGUGGCUGACGCGGGCGGCGCGGCUGUCGACGCCCGCGCGGCUCGUCUUCGACGACGGCACCGCAUUCACGCACCGCCACCUCGAGAUACUUUACGAUCAUGAGUUUGCCGGCGCGGCGCUGGCGUACGUGGCGGCGCUGCGUCGGCUGCGCGCCUCCGAGCAAGAGCUGGCACUCUUGACGGCGGGCCUGCUGCUCAGCCCACAGCGUGCGCCGCUGGCCGCGCGCGAUCUCGUCGCCCGUCUGCACCGGGCCCUGGACGAUGCCCUGCGUCAUCUCGUGAGUACAUUCAACUAUUCUUUCUAACUUCCUACGGCAUUACAAAUAUUGAUCUAUCAAUUUAGUUGAAUCGUAAUAAAGUAGUAUUUUGUUACUUGAUAUUUUAACAGUGGUGUGCGCUUCCCAUCGGAUUCUUACAAGGAGAGUGGAUUGGGCUGAAUAGGGGACGCAUAAGAAGGAGAACUAUCCUCUUUCUGUGCAUCCCUUCCUCUGUCGAUUAAAGAUGGGCAAUACAUCUGUUAUUGCGGCGAAUUCAGGUGGCCGCUUGCUCGUUUGUCAUCUUAUGUGUGAUAUAUUUAGAGUCAUUGUACCGCUUAGUAUAUUAUUUUAUUAUAUAUGAGGACUAGAGAUGCUAUCUAAAGAGAUGUAGGU